UAUAGACUGAAGAGAGAAAUCAAAGGGGUGGAGGAGAGAGAGAAAAAAAAAAAAACACAUCACACUGAAACAGAAACAAAUUCAAAUUAGUAUGGAUCAUAACUUACGUUGUUUUGGGACUACACCCAAAACUCAUUUUCUGUUAUCACUUUCUCUGCUUCUCUUCAUCAUCUUCUUCUUCAGCUUUGCCAACGCAGCCUUCGACCUUGCAACCAUACCCUUCGACGAUGGCUAUUCUCCGCUCUUCGGAGAUAGCAACGUUGUUCGCUCCUCCGAUGGCAACGGCGUUCGACUCCUCCUCGAUCGUUUCACAGGUUCUGGUUUCAUUUCCUCAAGUAUGCACAAAUAUGGAUUCUUCAGCGCGAAUAUCAAGUUGCCAUCGAAUUAUACUGCUGGUAUUUGCGUGGCCUUUUAUACAUCAAACGGUGAUGUGUUCGAGAAGUCACACGAUGAGUUGGACUUUGAAUUCUUAGGUAACAUCGCCGGAAAACCAUGGCGGUUUCAGACAAACUUGUACGGCAACGGAAGCACCCACCGUGGCCGUGAGGAGCGGUACCGUCUCUGGUUCGACCCAACCAAACAAUACCACAGAUACAGCAUCCUUUGGACUGCCAAGAACGUUAUAUUUUACAUUGAUGAAGUUCCAAUUAGAGAGGUGUUACGAAGUGAGGAAAUGGGAGCUGAGUAUCCAUCCAAACCAAUGUCAUUGUACGCCACAAUAUGGGAUGCAUCAAAUUGGGCCACAUCAGGUGGAAAAUACAAAGUGAACUAUAAGUAUGCACCUUUUGUAACAGAGUACAAGGACCUAGUCCUUAAGGGUUGCUCCGUCGAUCCAAUACAAGAAAUCUCCGGCAUGGAGGUUUGCUCCGACCAACACGCCGAGCUUGAAGCUCAAGACUAUGCUGCCGUGACCCCCUUGCGCCGCCUCGCCAUGCGUCGGUUCCGCCAGCGUUACAUGUACUAUUCCUAUUGCUAUGAUACGUUAAGGUACCCUGUGCCACCACCCGAGUGUGUUAUAAUACCCUCGGAGAAACAAAGGUUUAAAGAGACCGGAAGGUUGAAAUUUGGCGGCAGCCACAGACGGCACUCUAGGCGGCGGGGCCGUACUACAACUCCGGUGGAUGAUACUGAUCAGGGUGAUAUGUGAUGAUUGAUGAGAUAUGUAAAUAAUAGUGUCAAUUUUAUGGCUUUAUUUGAGGCUUUUUGACUUUAAUUAUUUGACAGGCAUAAAUGAAUAAUGUGAUUAUACCAGGUCGUCUUCUUUUUCUUCUUCUUUUUUAAUGUGUUUUUGGUGUUAUGCUUCUGUUUCUUAGUGUGCUAUUUCAGUAGGUGGAAUAUAUAUCUGAAUGAGUGCACUAAAGAAUAUAUCCUCAUAUUGGUGUUGAUAGUUAAUAAUUCGAAGGAUAUUGUAA